UUUCUACCCAGUGCUAAAAUGGAGAGUAGCUGUGUCUCCUCUGUCCUGCACACAAUCUUUCUGCUGUGUUUGAUGCCCAUCAGCAGCCUCAAACAGCUCCAUUUUGGGCACUGUGUGGUCUCUAUGGAUAUGUAUGAAAUACGAAAGGGCUUUGGAGAAAUCAAGGAAAUGACUCAGGCUCAAGACCAGUACACAAGCAUUAGACUUCUACACAGAUCAUAUUCUCUUCAAGACACCAAGACUGAAGACAGGUGUUGUUUCUUUCAUUACUUAUUGAAAUUCUAUCUGGCAAAUGUCUUCAAUCAAUGCCAAGCAAACAGCAACUUUCAUCAAAGGAGAGUCAGCCGAAUUGCCAACAACUUCCUCAGCAUCAAGAAGGAGCUGACUCUCUGUGAUACUGUUACAACAUGCCCUUGCGGGAAGGAAGCCAUCCACAGAUACGAACAAAUCCUGAGUCGGUUUGAAAGGAUGGAAUCCCAUUCUGCAGCCCUGAAAGCACUUGGAGAGCUAGACAUCCUUUUAGAUUGGAUUGACAAGACUGAAUUGAAAAGCACAGGCACAGGAAUGGGCAUUACAGCAGAACUGAAUCGAACUCAAGUCUAG